AUGGCUCCUAAAUUCACACUAAAUCAAGAGAGAGACAAUGAUCGAGAAAGAACAAGGGCGAGCUAUAACAAUGAUAGGAGGAGAAACGAUUAUGAUCCAAGGGCAUGUUACAAGUGUGGAAAAUUGGGACAUUUCGCACGAUCUUGCCAUGUGGUUACCCAACCAACGACGGCAUAUAUCACAUGCUAUUUCUGCAGCGAAGAAGGGCAUCGUUCCAAUGGAUGUCCGAAUAAGAGAACGGACCAAGUGAAUCCGAAGGGCCAUUGUUAUUGGUGCGGAAAUCAAGACCAUCGUUUCAAUUUGAUUAUUUGGAGGUCAAGAUGUCUCUUUAGACUAAUGAAACCUAAAUAUGCGUUUUAA